GAGCCUCAUUGCCAAGGAAACAUUAAACUCCCUUCGGUGUCUGCUCCCGUCGAGGCGUCCGUUUAUGACAACCCAUGGACAGCAGAGGUGAUACCACUCGGCACUUCCGCACUGAUGUUGAUGUUCACUGCAUAGGGCCAGCACAAUGGCGGAGUUAUCAGUUGGAUAUACAGCCGGUUUGAUUGCGCUGGGUAUUGUCAUUGCACAGCUUUGGCUCCCGACGGCCAUAUCCUUCCUGGUUGCCGGAUUGCUCCGCGACGAGGAGACGGCAGCAUCAUGGACUGUCGCAUCAAAGAUCCUCCAGUCGUCGCACUGGACAACACUUCUACGGACCGAUUCCGCCCGCGGCCAUGCCGUCCGGACCCCCAUCUAUCUCGCGUCCCUCGCCAUCCCCGUCACGACCUUUCUGACGGCAAUCGCUGGUGUCGUGACGCCUCUCGGCCUCUACGAAGAAACAGUACUGGGAGGUCGCGAGGUUGGCAACUUCUCCUAUAUCCGCGACACCAGCGCCUACUUCUACGGCACGAGCCCUCGGGGCCACUACAAUUUCUCGAGGGUGUGCGAGUACCGAAUAGGGUUAAGUCGGUACGGACCAUGCCCCUUCACCAACGACACACUCGUCGUCAGCCAUAACAGCACACACGCGAGCUGGGACUAUCCCGACGGUCUGACCACAGACAUCCCCCGCGUCCUGCGCGACCUCUACUCGAGCGGCACGCGUGGCAUUGGCACGACUGUCUCCAACUUCUUCGACAUUGAGUGGCGGCAGCUGACCACCAAGAGAGACGAUGGCGGCGACCUGAACAACGGAUCCGAGUACGCCGUCAGCAUGUUUCGCCAGGUGGACAGCGUUGCCCUGGAGGACUCGAUCAGAUUAGUCGAGGGCCUCAUUGUCGACACGAGGUCGGGUGGCGUGGGUUUCCGGAACCAUACGCUGCCUCAGCCGCCGGACCGCAAUGUCACCUGGCAGGAGGACCUGCUGUUUGUCGAACCUGUCACGGCCUGCGUCAACACCAAUCUGACCUUCGACUUCACCAUUACCGAGAGGAACUUCUCCUCUUCUUCCCACGGCCCUCCUGAUUACCGGCUGACGGACCGGGGCGGGUUCAUCAACCUCAACCACACAUAUCCGUACUACGAUCGCGAUAAUCCGCAGGCCAACCCGGACCUUUGGGGCAGGGCGUACAAGGCAGCCAUGAUGCACAACGCCUACGCCAUGAUGUAUCUCAACGUGACGAAUCCCGGAAACCAGACUGCUGGCGUCAAGGCGUUCCAAUAUGUGGACUCCACCAUGGGCAAGUCAUUUCCCCUGGACGUCGAGUUGGGCGUCGACUACAGGGCCGCCAGGUUCACGUCCAAGUAUGGGACUCACCUUUUCCCCAACAUGUACACCAACGACGAGCCCAAGUACCCAAACCCGUUCAACGUCACUAUGAGUGAAUGGUUCAGCAGUAUACGUAUUAUUUGUUCCGGCGCCGGGUCAGGCGAUAUAGCAAACAUAACCAACAUCUUUGUCACCUGUGGCCUCGUGAGCGGCCCGCCCCGCCGAGUCGACGGCGGGCCACAAAGCAUCUUCGAGCGUGGCAGCCAAUGGACCACGCCGCUCUACUCGUGCGCCACCGCCGUCCGCGCAACUAUCAAAACCGUCGACUUCUCUACCGACGCGGGAACCAGUAGCAUGAAUCCAGGCCAACCACCCCCGUCCGAGUCCAGCCGCGGCCUCGCCGGGCUGCGCGUGACCAACAUCACAGAGAAAACCUACUCCUCCCCCGACUCGUACCCCGUCUGGGGCGUCGAAGACACGGGUCGCAACCUCAGCGACAUCCGGCCUAUAUGGGGUCUCAUCUCCCCGGCGUACCCGGCGGCCCACUACCCCAACCUCUCGGUCGUACAACAGCCGUCGCUGUACCUGAUCGGCCUCGGGAGCGACGACAUGCACGUGGCGUCCUUCUACCCCGGGCCCGACUUCGCCGCGGGCCAGUACAACCUACCCGGCGCCGAGUUCCCCUUCGCCGCCGCUAACACAAUCUACCUGAGCUCGCCCGGGCAGGGCAUCACGGACGAGGCCUGGCCGUUUGACCUCCGAGGACGCGCCGACAUGGCCGUGUUUACGCGCUGGCAGGCGCUGUGUGAGACGCAAGAAGGCGCCGCCCGGAUGAUUAACCUUCUGUGGACGGACCUCGCCGCGUCGGCUGUUGUUGGGACCAAGGGGAUUUCCACCACUCCUAUCAAUACGCAAGGACAAGAAGAGCCGCCUCCCCCCCCCAUAAUAAUCCACGUCCGCCCGGCCGUGCGCAGGACGCGCUACCACUUUGCCUAUGGCAUCCCCGCGUUUGUGCUGCUGGCCGUGCUGGUCGCGCUCACGGCGGGCUCGAUCUGCGCCUGGCUUGCGAGGGUGUCGAACCUGGACAAGGUCCGCCGGCGCAUCCACCAGCUGUCGGCCGGACGCAUCUUUACCAUUGUGUUGUACCCAGGCGAGAGUGACUUUGGCAUGUCGCCCAAGCAGUGGAGUCUGAUGAGCGGGGCGAAGACGGUGAGGUUCGCGGAUGGGGAGGGGAAUGGGGUGGGAGGAGGAGGGGUGGCGGAGGAGGGCGAGGAGGAGCGCGAUAUAUACACAUCCGGGACGAGUUUCGCGGAUGGGGGUGGCAGUGACGGCAAGGUUGAGGUUGUUGAUAUGACAACGGUGCAGGUCCAUGAGAGUGGGCAGCAUGGGGGGUAUAUUGCGUUGGAUCCUCUGAGCUAUGAGUGUAGGUAGCUACCUAACGUGAGGAGUCAUCUCUGACAGUAAACAUGAACACAUAAAACUCAUGUAACUUAUCUAAGGUAGUCACAUAUAUCGAAGAACAACA